UGCUCCUGCCGCAGGAAGAGGCUCAGCGCAGAAGGAGGAAGGACAGCACAGCUGACAGCCGUGCUCAGGAAGCUUCUGGAUCCUAGGCUCAUCUCCACAGAGGAGAACACGCAGGCAGCAGAGACCAUGGGGCCCCUCUCAGCCCCUCCGUGCACACAGCGCAUCACCUGGAAGGGGCUCCUGCUCACAGCAUCACUUUUAAACUUCUGGAACCCGCCCACCACUGCCCAAGUCAUGAUUGAAGCCCAGCCACCCAAACUUUCCGAGGGGAAGGAUGUUCUUCUAGUUGUCCACAAUUUGCCCCAGAAUCUUCCUGGCUACAUGUGGUACAAAGGGAAAAUGAAGGACCUCUACCAUUACAUUGUAUCAUAUGUAGCAGACAGUCAAAUAAUUAUACCUGGGCCUGCAUACAGUGGACGAGAAACGGUAUAUUCAAAUGCAUCCCUGCUGAUCAAGAAUGUCACCCGGGAGGACGCAGGAUCCUACAACUUACACAUCAUAAAGCGAGGUGAUGAGACUACAGGAGUAACUGGACACUUCACCGUCACCUUAUACCCGAAGCUGCCCAAGCCCUACAUCACCAUCAACAACGUAAACCCCUGGGAGAAUAAGGAUGACUUAACCUUCACCUGUGAACCUAACAGUAAGAACCACACCUACGUGUGGUUGCUAAAUGGUCAGAGACUCCCGGUGAGUCCCAGGGUAAAGCGUCCCAUUGAAAACAGGAUCCUCAUUCUACCCAGUGUCACAAGAAAUGAAACAGGACCCUAUCAAUGUGAAAUAUGGGACCAAUAUGGUGGCAUCCGCAGUUACCCAGUCACCCUGAAUGUCCUCUAUGGUCCAGACCUCCCCAGAAUUUACCCUUCAUUCACCUAUUACCGUUCAGGAGAAAACCUCUCCUUGUCCUGCUCCUCAGACUCUAACCCACCGGCAGAGUAUUCUUGGACAAUUAAUGGGAAGUUUCAGCAAUCAGGACAAAAUCUCUCUAUCCCCCAAAUUACUACAAAGCAUAGCGGGCUCUAUGCUUGCUAUGUUCGUAACUCAGCCACUGGCAAGGAAAUCUCCAGAUCCAUGACAGUCAAAGUCUCUGCUCCUUCAGGAACAGGACAUCUUCCUGGCCUUAAUCCAUUUUAGCAGCCGUGAUGUCAUUUCUGUAUUUCAGGAAGACUGGCAGACAGUUGCUUUGAUUCUUCCUCAAAGUAUUUACAAUCAGCUACAGUCCAAAAUUGCUUUUUCUUCAAGGAGAUUUAUGGAAAAGACUCUGACAAGGACUCUUGAAUACAAGUUUCUGAUAACUUCAAGAUCAUACCACUGGACUAAGAAUUUUCAAAAUUUUAAUGAACAGGCUGAUACCUUCAUGAAAUUCAAGACAAAGAAGAAAAAAACUCAAUGUUAUUGGACUAAAUAAUCAAAAGGAUAAUGUCCUCAUAAUUUUUUAUUUGAAAAUGUGCUGAUUCUUUGAAUGUUUUAUUCUCCAGAUUUAUGAACUUUUUUCCUUGAGCAAUUGGUAAAGAAUACUUUUGUAAACAAAAAUUGAAACAGUUGCUUUUGCUCCCUAUCUGAGUGCCUCAGAAUUGGGAAACUAUUCAUGAGUAUUCAUAUGUUUAUGAUAAUAAAGUUAUUUUCACAAGUUCA